CCAGGGAAGAAGGCAACCUAUGGGUGCCACCAGCUUUCAUCAGAAUCAGAACAACCGGCAUGCAUGUUAGUGCAUGCCAUUGGGAAAGCUGAGGUACCUGAAACUGAUGUGUGCACCCCUUCGGUGUCAGAGGUUCCACACUGUUCCUCGUCACUACAAGGGCCGGACAGGCGCUGAGCACCUGUGGCUCAUGCGCCACCUAAAAGACCCAUUUGUGAAGGCUGCGAAGGUGGAGAGCUACCGCUGCCGAAGUGCUUUCAAGCUUCUGGAGAUGAACAAGAAACAUGAGCUCCUGCGGCCUGGACUUCGGGUGCUAGACUGUGGGGCAGCUCCUGGGGCCUGGAGCCAAGUGGCGGUGCAGAGAGUCAAUGCUGUAGGCACAGAUCCCAGCUCCCCGGUUGGCUUCGUGCUUGGGGUGGAUCUUCUCCACAUCCUUCCCAUGGAAGGAGCAACUUUCCUGUGCCCUGCUGAUGUGACUGAUCCAGAGACUCUUCAGAGAAUCCUAGAGCAGCUUCCUGGCAGGAGGGCAGAUGUGAUUCUGAGUGAUAUGGCACCCAAUGCUACUGGGAUCCGGGCCCUGGAUCAUGACAGGCUCAUCAGCCUGUGCUUAACUCUUCUGGACAUGGCUGCAGACAUUUUGUCUCCAGGGGGAACAAUGCUUUGUAAAACCUGGGCAGGGAGUCAAAGCCAGCAGCUUUUGAAGAGACUGGCCAAAGAGUUCCAGCACACAAGGAUUUUGAAGCCUGAGGCCAGCAGGAAAGAAUCGUCAGAGGUAUACUUUUUGGCCACACAGUACCGUAUGAGGAAGAGUCCUGUGAAACCAUGAGAUGUCUCCUGCCGUUCUUGGGAAGGCUCCUGGGUUCUCAGCACCUGUGAAUGUAGCGGCGGGGCUUUCCUGAUGUGUGGCUGGAAUCAGCCUUGCUGGAGAUGAGCAGGACCAUGGGAGUCAUUUUCCUGUUUUUAACCAAAACGAUGACAGAGAAGCUUGAUGCAAUUGGCUUAUACUUGUAAUCCCAACUGUCCAGGAGGCUGAGCUCUAAGGAUCCCUGUUCAAAGCGUGCAAAGUCUGGGCAAAAAGCUGGAAGUGGAGCUCCAGUGGUAAUGCACAAGCCUUGGACAGAAAAGCUAUGGGGCAGCACCCACGCCCUUAGUUCUAACCCCAGUGCUGACACAAAACAACAAAAGGCAAA